CAAGGACCCGGAUUUAAAGUGAUCGUAGUCUUAACUCCCUCUGGCGCGAGGCCUGUCUGCCGGCUACGCUCAGGCUUGUCGUGAGCUAGGCCUGGUCGGGUCGGAGCCGGGACACAAAUGAGAGCUGUAUGCCGUUGGCCUCAGCUAUCCUCUUCCAGCAGACUUGCAGAGUUCUUGGCCGAAGAGAAGUACUACAUUUGCUCCAAGAGCCAUUACAUUGGCAGUUAAGUAACCCGUUCUCCAGUGUGUCAGGAGCUGGACGUUUUCAGGGGUCCUGGCUCCCUGUGAAGAAGAGGCCUUGUCUCUGGUUCAAGGGGGGCAUCCCAGGACCAUGUACCGCCCGUUUUGCCUUCCUGCCAGUGUCACAUGUGGGAUUCUGCACUAGCGCUUCUGAGAUGGCUGAACAGCGAUUCUGUGUGGACUAUGCCAAGCGCAGCACAGCUGGCUGCAAGAAAUGCAAGGAGAAGAUAGUGAAAGGUGUGUGCCGAAUAGGCAAAGUGGUCCCCAACCCCUUCUCAGAAUCUGGGGGUGACAUGAAGGAAUGGUACCAUAUCAAGUGCAUGUUUGAGAAGCUGGAACGAGCCCGGGCGACCACCAAGAAGAUUGAGGACCUGACAGAUCUUGAGGGCUGGGAAGAGCUGCAGGACACAGAGAAGGAUCAGAUCAAUGAGCACAUUGCAGCGCUCUCUUCAAAGGUGGCAAGCACACCAGCGAAGAAAGCCACAGUCCAGGCCAAGCUGACACCCACCGGCCAGGUGAUUUCUCCACACAAAGGAGCCUCCUCAGUCUCUAACACCAAUCCCCGGAAAUUCUCCGGUUUCACAGCUAAGCCAAGCACCUCUGAGGAGCCCCUCUCAAAACUCACAGCCAAACCCACCCUGUCAGCUGAGAGGUGUGACCCAAAGCAUAAGGACUGCUUGCUUCGGGAGUUUCGGAAGCUGUGUGCUAUGGUGGCCGACAAGCCCAGCUACAAUGUGAAGACCCAGAUCAUCCAUGACUUCCUGCAGAAAGGAUCAGGCGGCGAUGGUUUCCAUGGUGAUGUGUACCUGACAGUGAAGCUACUCCUGCCAGGUGUCAUUAAAAGUGUUUACAACCUGAAUGACAAACAGAUUGUGAAGCUUUUCAGUCGGAUUUUUAAGUGCAGUCAGGACGACAUGAUCCGGGACUUGGAGCAGGGAGACGUGUCAGAGACAGUGCGUGUGUUCUUCGAGCAGAGCCGAUCCUUCCCCCCGGCAGCCAAGAGCCUCCUCACUAUACAAGAAGUAGAUGAGUUCCUUCUUCAGUUGUCCAAACUCACAAAAGAGGACGAGCAGCAAAAUGUGCUACAGAGCAUUGCCUCCAGGUGUACUGCCAACGACCUGAAGUGUAUCAUCAGACUCAUCAAACAUGACCUCAAGAUGAAUUCGGGUGCCAAGCACGUGUUAGAUGCCCUGGACCCUAAUGCCUAUGAAGCUUUCAAGGCCUCAAGGAACCUCCAGGAUGUGGUAGAGCGUGUCCUAGCGAACCAGCAAGAGUCCAAGAAGGCACCGGGCAUGAAGCGGGCACUCAGCGUCCAGGCAGCUCUCAUGACCCCUGUGCAGCCCAUGCUGGCCGAGGCCUGCAAGUCCAUUGAGUAUGCGAUGAAGAAGUGUCCCAACGGGAUGUUCUCCGAGAUCAAGUAUGAUGGGGAGCGGGUGCAGGUGCACAAGGCGGGCAGUCAGUUCAGCUACUUCAGCCGAAGCCUCAAGCCUGUCCUGCCUCACAAAGUGGCCCAUUUUAAGGACUACAUCCCCCAGGCAUUCCCAGGGGGCCAGAGCAUGAUCCUAGAUGCUGAGGUCCUUCUGAUCGACACCAAAACAAGCAGACCUUUGCCUUUUGGGACUCUGGGUGUGCAUAAGAAAGCUGCUUUCCAGGAUGCCAACGUGUGCUUAUUUGUAUUUGACUGCAUCUACUUCAAUGACGUCAGCCUGAUGGACAGACCAUUGUGUGAACGGAGGAAGUUUCUCCACGACAACAUGGUUGAAAUCCCCAAUCGGAUCCUCUUCUCUGAAAUGAAGCACGUCACAAAAGCAUCAGACUUGGCGGAUAUGAUCAACCGUGUCAUCCGGGAAGGGCUGGAAGGCUUGGUGCUAAAAGAUGUGAAGGGCACCUAUGAGCCAGGGAAGCGGCACUGGCUGAAAGUGAAGAAGGACUACCUGAAUGAGGGGGCCAUGGCAGACACAGCAGACCUGGUGGUCCUUGGGGCUUUCUACGGGCAAGGGAACAAAGGUGGCAUGAUGUCCAUCUUCCUGAUGGGCUGCUAUGACCCCAGCAGCCAGAAGUGGUGCACAGUCACCAAGUGUGCCGGAGGCCACGAUGAUGCCACCCUUGCUCGCCUGCAGAAUGAGCUAGACAUGGUGAAGAUCAGCAAGGAUCCCAGUAAGAUUCCCAGCUGGCUGAAGAUCAACAAGAACUACUACCCCGAUUUCAUUGUCCCAGAUCCAAAGAAAGCUCCUGUUUGGGAGAUCACAGGGGCAGAAUUCUCCAAGGCUGAGGCCCAUACAGCCGAUGGCAUCUCUAUCCGUUUCCCCCGCUGUACCAGAAUUCGUGAUGAUAAAGAUUGGAAGUCUGCUACCACCCUCCCACAGCUUAAGGAGCUGUACCAGCUUUCCAAGGAAAAAGCUGACUUCACUGUGGUGCCUGCAGAUGAGGGGAGUUCUGUGACUAGUGGCAGCAGUGGAGAAAAUGAGGGCAGCUCAGGCCCUUCCACCCCUCGAAGAGCCUCGCAAGCAUCCCCCAGCAAGCCCGCUGCCCAGGCCAAAAAGGCAGAAAGAAAGACGAACGGCCCCCCUGGUAAAGUGGGUAACAAACCAACCAUGAGACCGUCCCCUGGGAAAGUGGAGGAGAGGAAAGGGGAAAAAAGGAAGGCACCUGAGGAAGACACAAGUCAAAAGAAGAUGCUGCUGGACAUUUUCACGGGUGUGCGGCUUUAUCUGCCGCCCUCCACACAGGAUUUCAGCCAGCUCCGCCGCUACUUCGUGGCAUUUAAUGGAGAUCUGGUCCAGGAGUUUGACACAGUCUCAGCUACACAUGUGGUGGGCAGUGGGGACAAGAACCCUGAGGCACAGCAGGUUUCCCCUGAAUGGAUCUGGGCAUGUAUCCGAAAAAGGAGAUUGGUGGCGCCAUGCUAGGGCCUGUGUCCAACUAUUCCCCAACCAUGUCCACCCCUGUGGGGCAGACAUUACAAGGCCCUGGGGAUGGGACGGCUGCACUGGUCAUUCAUAUGCUGCUCAAGCCUGUCUUCCAAAGCCCAUUGUGGACCCCUGUCCCACCUGCUCUAGAGCUGCAGGAAAUGGAUUGGCAGACACUGAAUGAGAGAGAGGAAAGAGUGAAAUCCACUUCUCUUGUUUUUCUACAGAGACCUUUCAGAUCUGGGUGCUGGUUUUGUCUUUUCUUUUUCUUCUUGUUUUUGUCUGAAAAGCCUGGGUAUUUUUAUAAAUACAAUCUUGACGAUGGCUUCACCCUUCUGCCCAUUUCCUGUCCUGGUGCUCUUGGACAGGCAGAAGAGGAGAGAAAGUGGAGGAGGGGCCAAGGUAGAACUCUGUACUCAAAGGGGGAGGGAUGGCUUCUGCCCUUUUUCAUCAUUCCCCACUGAAUAUUUUUAAAAGGCAUUUAAAAAAGACUGUCCUGCAAAGUACUUUUUAAAAAAGGGAAAAUGCAAGUGUGUGUAGCCUGGCCCAUUCUUUGUCAGGUGGCGUCAGUUUUUAAAGAUUAGCAAAAUAAACUCUUUACGAAAGA